AUGAACAACCCUUCGGCUCUAAUUCAAACGGUCCCUGCUCUUGACGGCAACUCAGUAACAUUCCCAUCCUGGAGAAAUCGGCUCCAGAACGUUCUUCAACUACAAGGCGUUCUUGAUAUUGUGAACAAGUCACUACCUCGUCCGAAUAACAGCGAUUCAAAGGAAAACAAGUCCGCUGUCCGAUCUCCGGAGCAACAAGGAUACAACCCCAAAGAAUAUGGCGCAGACUGGGAUGCCUUGUCUGAUAUGGCAUGCUCCACAAUCCAAAUGACUUUAUUGUCCGACCUCACUAUUCGAUAUGAGUCAGUAAAACCCGCCAGCAAGCUGUUCUUGACUAUCUGUGACGUGUACAAAAAAAAUACACAAGCUAGAAGACUUCAACUUCAAGAUGCGUUCUGGAUGGCUCCUCACAAUCCGAAUCAGCCUAUCAAAAAAUGGAUUGCUCGGAUCCGCAUGGCAGCCUCAGACCUAGCCAGUGUCAAGCUGACCCUAGACCAUCUUGUCAAUUCCCCCAAUGAAGUGUCGCUUGACGACGCUGUUGGAGCAAUCAAAGCUCACAAAAUCUCAACCACCACCUCGCUAGACCACUCUGAUCACCUACAAGCUGCUUCUGCCGUUGCCAAGGCUAAAGGACGACCACAAUGCUACACAUGCGGUGAAAAGGGUCACCACUCAUCCGACUGUCCAAACAAGAAGAAACACAUGAAGGCCUCUGCGAGAUUGGUUGAAGCUUGUGCAGGCACAACCACAGUGGCUCAGUUAGGCAACUACAACUCCAAUGAAGAAGACGAUGACAGUUUUGACGACAAAAUUGACGGCUGGGGAUAA